ACAUACAUAGUUUCGGUCUCAUAAUGCCAGUGRAGAUGAAAUGUCAAUGGCUCGAAGUUUAAGAUUUUAUGCACAAAUUGAAAUUUAGCAAAGUAUUAUCCAAAAAAUAAAUUCUAACAAAAUACAUAUGUACAUCUCCUUGGAUGCAUUACGCAGUAAUUAUUUUAGCCUUGAAAAUGAAAUACAUUUGUGAAAAACAGUAGACUUUUACUAUGUAUCGAAACAUCUUAUAUAUCGAAACUUCCAAUCGACCGUCUCUAAGUGUUUUGUUGGUUAUCAACAAUAAUAUAAGAGAAUGGCGCUUUUAUUGUUGUAUUGAAUAUAAAAAUGCAAUUAAAUAUUAGUAUUUCUUCAAUAUUUCACCAUUAUCAUUUUGCAAUUUUGUGAAAAAUAUGAAAAGUGUUUGCGGAAAAAAUGGACUACUUGUUUGCUGAUUUAUUAACACGGGAGGAGUUGUUGACCAUUUUAGUAGAGCGAAAACUCAACAUACCAAAUGUUCAGCAAAUGUCCCACGAUGAACUAAUGCGUUUAUACAAAAUGUUUGCGUUACCUCUAGCYCGCAGGGAAAGACAUUGUGUCAGGAGUAAAUUGGAAUAUAAUACUUCAAACAGGCCGCAUUUGAAAAAUAAUAGUAUCACUUCAAUGGAAACUGAUGAAUCGGAAAAUACUCAACUAUCUCCGACAUCUCUUGUUUCGACUUCCGAAAAGCCCAGGCUAUGUGGGUACAAACAUAUUAACCCUUUCACCGAUGAAUAUUUGAGUAUAGCAACCAAGCGUAUUAAAAUAGCGUGGUCUUGAAAAUUUUUUAAYUACGAAAUGACAAAAAUAAUGUUUUCAUUCUAUUCUAUUAAUUUUCAAAAUGUGACAUCAAGAAAGAUAGAAAUUAAACAUUAAGGUCGUAUAUAGGAAUACAUAUGUAUAUAUGCCAAAUUAUUAUGUUCAAAAAUUGUAGAAACAUGGAUAAAUACGAAUUKGUAUGAGUAUAUAGUGAAAUUCCUUAUUAUGGAUUGUUCGUAGAGCGAACACGGUUAAGGAAUCGGCACCAUGUUUCGAAAUUAAUUCAGGAAUAUUUUCUGCCACUGCAACAACACAUUAUUUACAAUGACCUAACAAAGGAAAAAUUAUGGUAGUAUUUCGAUCAGAUUAUCUCUGUAAACGGACAAGAUUUCAUAAAAUUUGUAUGGAAAGUUGCGUA